AUGAGUAAACAAGGAACCUUGCAGUCAUUAAUAGAUGAAGCGACAAGCGAAACCUUAUUAAGGCCAGACUUACAGCUAAAUGUCUCUGUGACUGAUAGAGUAAACUCACGUCCUGAUAUGUAAUGUGUUAUAUAGGCCAAAAGAAGCAAUUAAGCACAUUAAAAGGAGAUUACUUACUCCAUCAUCUCCAUAAGCGAAGAAAACCAUUAGUAAAUCUCAUUUUUUGAUAAAAAAAGCUCCCUCCAUAAAAAAUUUUGAUAUGAGGUGAUAAUUAGCAUAAUAUAAUCUUUAACUAAUUCUGUUCAAAUAAAAUUAACUUUUUCUUUACAUUAUUUUAAAAUUGGGAUUUUCUAAAUUUCAAAAAAAACCUCUGUGAGAAAACAAAAAAAUUUGUUCGCUAAUUGAGGGGAAGUUAGUAGAAAUGCAAAAGUUUUAAUGCUCACACUUGAGCUUUUGGAAUUCAUGGUCAACAACUCAUCGCUUCCUUUUCAUACUCAAGUCGGCAGCAAAGACUUUUUGAACACUUUUGCAGUGAUGAUAAAAAAUAAAGAUUCAGAUCCACAAGUCAAAGAAAAAUUGAAAAAUUUAGUGAAUGCGUGGGCGUUAAAAUUUAGAGACUGCCAAGACAUCUUGCCUGGGUUCAUGCAGCUCUAUGCAUCUUUAAAAGCCGGAGGGGUUCAAUUCCAGAAUGACAUUCCUGAAGAAAGCCCAUCAGUUUCUACUGGUCCGAUGAUAUCGGCUCCUACAUCUAUCAAACCGCAAGGCCAGGCUUUGUAUUUUCAGCAAAAGCAGCCUCAGUCUCAACCUCAGUCUCAGCCUCAGCCACAUUCUUCAGCACCAUCAUCUUCUUCAUCAAGAAAUCUUCCACAAAGUAAGGUAGAAAAACUCAAAAAAGACCUCGAAAUCGUAAAAGAAAACACCACAAUUGUAAAUGAAAUGAUUGAUGCUGCCAGCCCUCAUGAAAAUGUAGCAAAAAAUGACACCUUAACUGAAUUAGUCGCUACUUUGCGUGCCAUGAAUUCUAAAUUGAUUAAGCUGAUAACGAAUUUAGAAGACGAAGAAAUGACUGCAUAUUGCAUUGGGAUUAAAGAUGACGUUGAUAACGCACUAAAAAGAUACGAAGACUUAAAAAGUGGGAAAAGACCAGCACCAGUGGUUGCAAAACAAAGCCAGGAUCUGCUUGGAGAAGAUUUAUUUCAGCCUCAGAACGAAGGAUUGCUCGGAUAUCAAGCGAUGGGCUCAGAGUCUUUGUUACAAGAAAAUAGUCAGUCUCAGCUUUCUGGAGAUCUUUUUAGCUCUCCUCAGCCGGCUAUGAAGGCUGAUUUCUUUGUAUCUUCUCAGCCUAUAUUUCCUCAACAGAAAGCAGAUUUGUUUGGAGAGCCCAUCAAUAUUCCUCCUCCUAUAAAUCAGCCAGCUACUAUUCCAUCAGGUGCAUUUGAUUUGUCUAACCAGCUAUUUUUUAACCAAAAUCCAAGUAUUUCUACUCCUCCACAACCAGCUACUUCAAUUCCACCGCAACCAAAUGCAUUUUAUAAUGUUUCUCAGCCAAGUCCAUAUAUAACUUCUCCGCCUCAGCCAUUGCCUUAUGUUCCUAAUAUAUCUCAGCCAAUACUAUCAGCUCCUAAUCCAAUGCAGCCUUCUGCAUCUUCUUUAAUCGACCCAUUUGCGUCGUUAAAUUUCACUCCUUCACAACCAAGCUUUAAUGCUCCUGCUUAUAAUACUCAACCAAAGCCACAGACUGGGAUGAAUUAUAAUGCUCCGCAGCCAACCACGAUGAUUUCUUCUACUAACCCUAGCCAAAAUUCCCAAAUAAAGCAUAAUCUUCCAUCAGCCUAUGGACAGACUCAAGAAUUCAAUGAAAAACCAAAAAGUGCAUUUGAUGAUUUGGUUGAUUUCUCUAAGCUUUAA